UCCAUCGCUUAAUUGUCUCCGUCUAGAGCUGUACAGUGUACUGGCAUGAAGACUUGUCAAAUGAGCAUGGUGAAAUAACACUGGAUAUAUAAUAAAUAUAUCCUUUUAUUUGUUUUCGAGUGGCACUUUUCACACACUCAGGAUGUAUCGGCGUAUCUUAGUGAAAGGCACAACAGCGGCUGUAGCUGCGAGAAGAAUUCGUCAUAUAUUAGGACCCCUGAUGUCAAAAGAAGGUUGGAACUGCAGCGCUCAUGAGGUCAAACUCCUGAACACUUCCUCAGGUGACACAGUGAAGAUUGGAGAGAUUGUAUAUCAACUCAAAACCCCCAGAAAUCCAGAACUGGUGCCAGUAAAUCAUAUAUUGGAGGCUUUGCCACAAACAAUCACCCAGCACCUUCGCUGGAUAAUGCAGAAAGACCUGCUUGGGCAAGAUGUAUUUCUUAUAGGGCCUCCUGGUCCUCUCCGCCGUUCAAUUGCCAUGCAGUACCUGGAAUUAACUAAGCGAGAAGUUGAAUAUGUUGCUCUGUCAAGAGACACUACUGAGACUGAUCUCAAACAGCGCAGAGAAAUUCGCUCAGGAACUGCUUUUUAUGUAGACCAGUGCGCUGUCCGAGCUGCGACCGAAGGACGGAUUUUGGUUUUGGAGGGACUGGAGAAAGCAGAGAGGAACGUUCUCCCGGUUCUCAAUAACCUGCUGGAGAAUCGAGAGAUGCAACUGGAAGAUGGACGCUUUCUCAUGUCCGCACAGCGCUAUGACAAACUCCUGGAGGAGCACACUAAAGAAGAACUGAACGCGUGGAAGAUCGUUCGAGUUAGUGAGGACUUUCGAGUCAUUGCUCUCGGCCUGCCCGUCCCUCGAUAUAAGGGAAACCCGUUGGAUCCACCGCUCCGCUCGCGCUUCCAGGCCAGAGACAUCUACUACCUUCCCUUCAAGGAUCAGCUUGAGCAUCUGUAUAACAUUGGACCAAAUGUGCCAUCUGAAAGGGUUUCCCAGCUCUUGUCUUGUGCCACUACGCUGUGCUCGCAAGAGUCCGCCAGCUUAAGCCUGCCUGACUUUCCAUUGGACAACCUUCCAUCGGCCCUCACAAUUCUGAACCUGUUCCCCAUGAUGUCAGCACAGCAGCUGGUCCAGAGGCUUUACCCAUAUGAGAUCAUGCUGGGAAAAGAGGGACGCACUGCGGUAGAGGGAGUCCUCAGUAGAUUUGAGUUGACUGAUGGCAAUAAGAAACCUCCUCCGACCGCAGUGGUGAAUGUGGAGCCUGUGAGAGGAGAUCAGACAGGACAAGCGGCUGUCACCAUCAAAAUCAAAGACAAGAACAUCACCUUUCAGGUUCCUUCAGGAACACGUCCGAUUCGCCCACCCGACGGCAGUCCCGCGUUCAUCAGCACCCCCACCCAUAACCGCCUGCUGGCUGAGAUGAUGCAGUCCCACCUUGUCAAAGACGUUUGUCUGAUCGGAGCCAAGGGUUGUGGCAAGUCUGUGAUUGCUAGAGAGUUCGCUGAAAUGCUGGGCUACAGUAUCGAACCAAUUAUGCUUUAUCAGGACAUGACAGCUAGGGACCUCCUCCAGCAGAGGUACACUCUUCCUAAUGGAGAUACAGCCUGGAGGGCUUCCCCCCUGAUCACUGCUGCUCAGGAGGGCAAACUGGUAUUACUGGACGGCAUCCAUCGUGUGAACCUGGGCACUCUUGCUGUGCUUUCCAGGUUGCUUCAUGACAGAGAGUUGAACCUGUAUGAUGGGACUCGACUCUUAAGGUGGGACCGUUACCAAACACUAAAGGAAGAGCUGCAGCUCAGCGACCAGGAUUUGCAGGACAGAUCCAUUUUCCCCAUCCACCCAUCAUUCCGUAUCAUCGCCCUAGCCGAGCCCCCACAGGUCGGCAGCACAACGCAACAGUGGCUCGGCCCAGAGGUUCUUACGAUGUUUCUCUUUCACACCAUCAAGCCACUGGCCAAGGCUGAGGAAAUGGCUGUUCUACAUGAGAUGAUCCCAAAUGUUCCUAAAGAAGCAGUGGAGCAGCUACUACACCUGACACACAGCCUGAGAAUGUCCAGUGAUCCAACGGCGCUGUCCCUUGCAUCCUCACUGUCCACCAGGCAGCUGCUCAGAAUCUGUCGCCGUCUUUCUCAGUAUCCACAGGAGAGCAUUGCUCACGCUGUGAACAAGGCCUGUCUUUCCAGGUUUCUUCCCAGUUUGGCUCGUUCGUCUCUUCAGAAGAGUCUGAUCAACUGCUCAAUAGAGGACCAGCCUGACCCAGGAGCUGAACACGACCAACACUAUACCUGCACAAUAAAAGAUGGACUUCUAACCAUCGGUAACGUCUCUGCUCCUGUGUACAUCCCAGAUGUGAAGAUGAAGGUCCCCGAUGUGCUCUUUUAUGACAAUGUUCAGCACAUGAUGGUGAUGCAGGACAUGCUGAAGGACUUUCUGUUAGGGGAACACCUGCUUCUGGUGGGGAACCAGGGUGUUGGGAAAAACAAGAUUGUUGAUCGAUUUUUGCAUCUUCUGAACAGACCAAGGGAAUAUCUUCAGCUCCACAGAGAUACUACAGUCCAGACUUUAACACUGCAGCCCUCUGUUCAAGAUGGAGUCAUUGUGUAUGAAGACUCUCCAUUGGUGAAAGCUGUGAAGAUGGGACAUAUACUUGUCAUAGAUGAAGCUGACAAAGCACCAACAAAUGUCACCUGUAUCCUAAAGACGUUGGUGGAGAGCGGGGAGAUGAUCUUGGCGGAUGGAAGAAGGAUAGUGUCAGAUCCAUUAGAAGCAGCAGGAAGGGUGAAUGCUAUCCCCAUGCAUCCAGACUUUCGCAUGAUUGUUUUAGCGAAUCGACCUGGCUUCCCGUUCUUGGGAAAUGACUUCUUUGGAGCCCUUGGUGACAUAUUUAGCUGCCAUGCAGUGGACAACCCCAAACCUCAGGCAGAGUUUGCCAUGUUGAAACAAUACGGACCUGACGUUCCUGAUGCUAUUCUCCAGAAGCUCGUGGCUGCAUUUGGAGAGCUCCGGAACAUGGCAGACCAAGGAACCAUCACCUACCCCUACUCUACACGAGAGGUGGUCAACAUCGUAAAGCACCUGCAGAAAUUUCCAGAUGAGGGCCUGGCCAAUGUGGUGAGGAACGUGUUUGACUUUGACUCCUAUAACAAGGACAUGCGUGAGGUGCUGAUCACAGCUCUGCACAAGCAUGGCAUUCCAAUCGGAGCCAAACCCACCAGCGUGCACCUCGCCAAGGAGUUACCAUUGACAGACUGUAAGAUGGCAGGGUACUGGACCAUAAAUCAGGGAGCCAAUGCACGCCGAAAGCUGUUGUGUCCAACGGAGUCCCGUCGGAUAGAUAUCAAGGGCCCAGUGUUUUUGCGAGUUCAGAGUUACCCCACUGAGAGGCAUGAGUCCAGAUCUAUGAGCUUCACUGAGGAACAGGCUCACUGGCAAAUCCCUAUGAAUGAGGUUAACAUCGUCUGUGAUGUCACCACUGCUAACGAUUCGAUUUAUGUUGCCACAUGUAACCCUGUAUCGCUGUACGCCAUGAAGGAGAAAGGAGACUCUGUACAGUGUAUUGAGCUAUAUGACAUAUUUCCUCGUACCAUCAGCGGUGUGUGGCAGCCUUUCGUCUCUGUGGCAGCACUGGGCAACCCGCUGCAGGGCCAGCUGGUGCUGCAUGAAGAACAGGGUAACACAUUACUGCAUCUGGAUCUGGUAACUGGAGCUGUGAGAAGACUGGCUCUGUCUCAAGACAAAUCAGAAGAACCAGUACGAAAAACAUCAAACUGGUGGAACAACAAAGACAGUCAGCCUGGAUACAAAAUGUGUAAGGAGUUUGCCCACAAGAACUGGCUUCUCUUCUACAAAGAAAAUGGGAGUGAGCUGGAUGUUGUUGAUGUGCUAGAGGGUCAGAUUCACACCAUCUCCCUCCCCAUUAACCUGAAAGCUGUGUUCCUGGUGGCUGAAGACCGCUGGCUGCUUAUCGAGAACCAAACUGACAAGAAAUUCAUGUUGACAAAGCCUAUGCACAUGGGUGCUGAGGACACCAGCGUGUGCCAGCUGCACACCAUCACUGAAGAUGCUGUUAGCACUGGCUUUGGCAUCAGCUCAGGCAUGGAAACCACAACUCCUCAAGAGGUAUCAAGUGAUCAGCUGCCCAAUGUGAACCUCAGUGCUGCCCUGGGCAAGAAAAUCAUCUCUCCCAAUCGGAUCUUCUGUGACACAAACACCUAUGCUAAUGUGAUUGUGGGCUUUCCAGAUCUUUUGUCCCCAAAUGAGGUCUAUACCUUUAAAAGACCAUCGCCCUUAACUGAGGGGCGGGGAUCUGAUAUGUUUUUUGGGUCAAGCAAGCGAACAGGGCCCGCAAAGAGGGUCAACUGUGUAUGUCUACUGGAUGCCAAUCAGGUGGUCCGAGCGUUGCCCGCAUCACAAGUUCCACUGGCUGAUAUCUACCCUAAUGAUGUCACACCACCCAUGACUGCUGCUUACCUUGAAGUGACAGACCUGAACUCGAAGAAACUCAAAUACGUUCCGGUCCCAAGGAGCAGUUCAAUGUCUCCCUACACGGUGUGGAUCUCAAAGGUUUCAGACACAGAUGUAGUGAUAGCUCCCUUGGGCUCUGGUGGGGUUGUCACUGUGGACAUGGGAGGCUAUGUUAGAUUGUGGGAAACAGGGAUUGACAACCUGCAGCGCUCCCUGCUGGAGUGGAGGAACAUGAUUGGAUCGGAGGAUGGCAGGCCUGUUCAGAUCACCAUUCAGAGAGACAGUGGCCUGGAUGUUAGCUCCCCUAAACAUGGCAAGUUUGAUCCCAAAAAUGCCCCUCAUGUAGGGGGGAACCAGUGGGCUGGGGGUACAGGUGGCAGAGAUACAGCAGGUCUCGGUGGUAAAGGUGGCCCCUACCGUCUGGACGCCGGUCACAAAGUUUAUCAGAUCUCACAGGUGGAGAAAGACGCCGUGCCAGAUGAAGUUAAGAGAGCUGCACGUGAGAUGGCUGAGAAAGCUUUCAAACAGAGGCUCAAAGAAAUCGACAUGAGCGAAUAUGAUGCUGCCACUUAUGAGCGUUUCUCGGGAGCAGUCAGUCGACAGGUUCAUUCGCUUCGCAUCAUUUUGGACAGCCUGCAGGCUAAAGGGAAAGAGAGACAAUGGCUGAGGAACCAGGCUCUUGGUGAGCUGGAUGAUGCUAAGAUCAUUGAUGGCCUAACAGGAGAGAAAGCCGUUUAUAAACGCAGAGGAGAGCUGGACCCUGAGUUAGGGGCUCCUCAGCAAAAGCCAAAGCGUUUACGUCUGCUAGCUGACAUUUCUGGCAGCAUGUAUCGCUUUAAUGGCGUGGACGGGCGUCUGGAGCGCUCUAUGGAGGCUGUGUGUAUGGUGAUGGAGGCGUUAGAGAGCUACGAACACAAGUUUAAGUAUGACAUUACGGGACACUCAGGAGAUGGAUUCGACAUCGAACUUGUAAAAUGUGACAAAGUGCCCAAGAACAACAAGGAGAGGCUGAAAGUUUUGAAGACCAUGCAUGCCCACUCUCAGUUCUGCAUGAGUGGUGACUACACUCUGGAGGGCACCGAACACGCCGUGAAGGAACUGGCACGGGAAGAAGCCGAUGAGCAUUUUGUCAUCGUGUUGAGCGAUGCCAACUUGGAGCGCUACGGGAUCAGUCCCGAGCGGUUUGCGCGUGCACUCACCAGUAACCCGCAGGUCAAUGCCUUUGCCAUCUUUAUCGGUUCCCUAGGAGACCAGGCGGACAGGCUCCAGAGAACCUUGCCGGCUGGACGCUCUUUUGUCGCCAUGGACACCAAGCAGAUUCCUCAAAUCCUUCAGCAGAUUUUCACAUCCACCAUGCUGUCCAAUGCCUGAGAGAACAGCAGCGGUUGGGUGAAUCUCAGGAAACUGAUGAUAAUCUCUGCAUCUAGGAAACGACUUGGGUGAAAAUUAAGAAAAAGUUAUUUAAAUAAAAAAGUAUUACAGCAGUGGUAAAUGUGGUAAACUGUCAUGAAAAUCAUGUAACUUUAAAUAGGCUUAUUUUCUUUAGGCACAAUAUAAUUUUUAUUUAGUUAUUGGGCGAAAUGCAACCUAGGCCUGGUUUUGAUCUGUUUCCACCAAAAAUAGAUCUUGUUUUUUUUUUUAAACAAGAAAGUCCAUCACAGUCAACUCAAAACAGAGGACUGUGGGCCUUCAAUGUAGCCUCAAGAGACAACUUAAUGUAUGAACACAUCUGUAGGAUUCUCUAAUAUUUAAGGACUGAACUGUAUGCCAGUACAUAACGUGUGGAUAGAUGAUGUUUUAAGUUUGAGACUCUGUUUUUACAGAUCCUGUAUUAUGUUUGUACAUCUCUAAUGUUAUGUUUAAAAUAAUCAGGUUAGUGCAUUGUUUUCAUUGAGUGCCUACAGUAAAGGGCUGGGUGAUAAUAUACUUGCAGAUAUAAUACAGCCUAAAUAUUUUGCACAUAUUAUUUUCUGGUAACACUUUACAAUAAAGUUGUAUUUGUUAAUCUCAAUUACAGUAGUUAAUGCAUAAGCUAACAUGAACCAUCAAUGAACUAUAUUUCUACAGCAUUUAUUAAAGGGAUAGUUCAUCCAAAAAUGAUAUUAAACCCAUGAUUUACUCACCCCUAAGCUGUCCGAGUUGCAUAUGUCCAUCGUUUUUCAGACAAA